AUAAAGAUGCAAAAUUUUUUUGCUGUUAUGAUUGUGUUUGUGAGUCUCGCUAACUGUUAGUUAAGUGAUUUUCCAAUGAAGGGCUUCUGGCGGCCCUUUGCUAGGCUUGGGGGUGUUAGGAACUAUUCAGUGUUAAGAAACGAUCAGCUGAGAAUUAAAGAGGUUAAUGAUGUGAUUGAUGUUGCCUCUGGUAAAGGUGGUGUUGGCAAGUCUACCACUGCUGUUAAUUUGGUGGUUUCAUUAGCUAACUGGUGUGGAUUGAAGGUAGGAGUGCUUGAUGCAGAUGUGUAUGGACCAUCUGUUCCAACCAUGAUGAACAUCCACCAAAAGGCAGAAGUUAAUAAAGGUAAUAUUUCUAUCUUCCAGGAGAUGAUCUUUCUUCAGUCAAUGGAAAAAAUAAAAAAUCUUUCCAAUUGA